UUCUGGUUUGUGCCAUUUAGUCUUACAGCCUGAGUGAGUCAUUGGUGGAAAGAGGGGAGGAAGAUUUGAGAAGAAAUAUUGCUGUUAAAUGACUUUGGACAGCAUGACAUCACGGGGUAAUUAAAACGGCUUUCUGGAAUUCCGUUUCCAAUUCCUGCGCUUCAGGUUUGUUGGAGGAUUUUUUCGAGCACCUGCAGGUUGGUGUGUGAGUGAAAUAUUUUCACUGGACGGAGUUCAAACUUUGAGGGGAAAGAGAGAGAGAGAGAGAGAGAAAAAAAACCGGAGGCAGCGGCAUUACGCCAUUCUUGCCUCUCUUGGAAAAAAAAGUGGGAUUUAAAGAAGUUUCUUACAAGAUAUCCAGCAGAAUAGAGCCGCGGAGUGUUUAAUGCGAGUCCACUCUUUCCUCCUGGAUUUCUGCUCUUUCUCUCGCAGGCGGGAUCUCUGCAGCACUAUGGUUCUUACACAUGACGGAUGGGAGAAUGAGGGUUUGCAGGAUUUGUUUCUUCAACUAAUAAAACCCAGUUAUAGUCCACAUCUUUGCUUUUACAGCCUCGCAUAUGUCCAGGGUCCAUUUCAGAUGGGAAAAGCGCUUUUUAUUCAUCCCCCCUCUGACAGAGCAGAGAGGAAUCUCAGAGGAUGAAGGACUCGGACCGAACCGGACUGCUCCCUCUCCUUCUUUUAACCGAACAGGUCCAGUAAUUCUGAACAGACUGAGGUUUACUACGAUGACGGCCUGGCCGAAGGCAAAAGGGCUUUAGGAUGAAAGUUGUGAAGCGUCUUUGUCUUCUGCUGAGCUGCUGGACUCUCAUUUACCUGCAUCCCGUCCUCGGUUCUCUCAGCCGGGCCAGACCGAGCGAGUACCAGCACCACCGGCUUGGAGAGGCAGGCGGCGGGGACGCAGAGCAAGCCCAGGGAAGAACCGGCGGGGGAUCCACAUUCGCAGCAGGCAGACAACCGGUGACCGGGACUGGGACGUGGAAACCGUCACCGGUGAGUCCGGCGAGGAUCACGCGUAUCCGCGCAGGUCCGCCGCUGAUCAAGGGUGAGACGGCUGUUGUUAAAGGCGCAGCUACUGCGGUGGCAUCUGCGUCCUCAUCCUCGGCACUGCGCGGCGGGGCCGUUCCGGUGUACCGUGCACAGCUGCAGCAGCAGCAGCAGCACCGAGACAGAGCGCUCAGCUUGGGGCGCAAAGAAGCUGCGCGCUCCUGGCUGCCCGGUGGGGACGGUCACAUUAAAGCGCACGCUCCCGCGGCUUUUAGCGCACAUGCAGCCGGGAAAGGAGUCAGGACUGCGGCUGCGGGAGGUGGAGGUGGAGGUGGAGGUGGAGGCUCGCCGGGAAGAAACUUUGGGAAAGUUGCAGCGAGAGCAGCAGCAGCUGUUGCUCCGGAGCGCUCCGCGCCUCCACACAGACCCACAUUUGUGCAAAAGCAACAGCAGCAGCAGCAGCAGCAGCAGCAGCAGCACGGGGCUCCGGUGGCGCAGCGGGGAUCCAGCUACAAGGCCCUGAAACUGAGCGAGCGGGAGGCGCAUCACAAGCAGCCGCUGGUGAUUCCUCACGACUACAUGCUGUCGCUGUACUGGUCCCUGUCCACCGGGGACCUGAACAGCAGCGCUCUGCAUGAAGCGGGUCUGGCCAACACCAUCACCAGCUUCGUGGAUAAAGGACAAGACGAGCGCGGGCCCCAGCUGAGACGGCAGAGGUAUCACUUCAACAUCAGCUCCCUGGAACGAGACGGGCUCCUGGGGGCCGAGCUUCGCAUCCUGAGGAAGCGCCUGUCUGACCCCCGCAAAGCUUCGAUGGGAUCCACAGCCUCUGAUGGAGGCAGAGGAGGAGAAGGGGGUGGUGGUGGAGGAGGAGGAGGAGGAGGCCCGUCCCCGUGCCUGAGGCUGUACACCUGCACCUCAGGUAAACAAAAGGGUGCUCUGCUCCAGACAAAGACCAUCGAGGAUCUGGUCAGCGGAUUCGGCGGCAAAUGGGAAGUGUUCGACGUGUGGAAAGUCUUCAAGGGUUUCAAAAACCAGCAGCACCAGCACUCCCAGCAGCUGUGCUUUGAACUGGAGGCCCUGGAGCACCGAGGCGGUCGGCCCAUGGACCUGCGCACUCUGGGGUUCGCCCGGCCCGGCAGGACCAACAAGGAAAAGGCCUUCUUCCUGGCGUUUGGCAAAAGCAAGAAACGCGACCUUUUCUACAAUGAGAUCAAAGCGCGGUCAGGCAAUGACAAUAAAACCGUCUACGAAUACCUGUUCACCCAGAGACGGAUGCGGCGAGCUCCUCCGGCGAGGGGGGCUAAAAAACCUCUGCAGCAGCCGCAGUCCCACCCCCAGCACCAGGUAGUGAAGGCGAGGCCGCGCUGCAACCGGAAACACCUCCACGUGAACUUCAAAGAGAUGGGCUGGGACGACUGGAUCAUCGCGCCGCUGGAGUACAACGCGUACCACUGCGACGGCGCCUGCGACUUCCCCAUCCGCUCGCACCUCGAGCCCACCAACCACGCCAUCAUACAGACCCUGAUCAACUCCAUGGACCCGGAGUCGGCGCCGCCCACCUGCUGCGUCCCCACGCGACUCACGCCGAUCAGCAUACUCUACAUCGACUCGUCCAACAACGUCGUCUACAAGCAGUACGAGGACAUGGUGGUGGAGGCGUGCGGCUGCAGGUAGCAAAGAAAAGGUGAGAGGGAAAGACACUUCCUGCCUUUCACUUUGAGGGAAGACAGACUUCUUGUUUGUUAACCUUUGAGAAACUCUAAGUAACUUUCAGAUCAACACUGAGCAAAAGAGUUGUUAUUUCAGCUGACUGUGACGGAACUCACUGCUAUGCAACAGACAUCAUUCUUCACACUCAAGUGGACUAACAGACUGCAUACCAAAGACUGUUAGACACUGUUAAAGACUAAACAGAGGAAGAUAAACUCGUGGAGGUGAUGCUCUUUGACGCCCACUCACUGAAACAUGUGUGUAACGUUGAUGCUGGUGGUGCGUCCGAGAGAAGCCGAAAAAACAAACAGAGACACUGUCAGAUGAAAAGUUUUUGCUGCCCGUUCUUUUGUUUAUCUCUCUUCAGAUCUGUAUCUACUGUACGUUCCUGAUUGGUGUAAAAAGUUUGUGUGUAACAGAAAUGUUAUUGAAACAUUAGUGAAUUAUACUCAAAAAAAAAAAAAAUGCCCUUUUUUCCAGCACUUAUCUGCCAUUGUGCCUUUGCCCGUUCACAUGUACAAUGAGGAGUCGUCUGUAUGCCUUAUCCCAGACUUUUUUUUUUUUUGUUGUAAAGCAUGUGAAGAAUUUCUGAUGUAUAAAUACCAGCCAGUGAUGAAGUGCUAAUCUGACCUGCUCCAAAUGUGGGAAAGUUGCAUAAACUACUCUUCAAUAAAAAAUGUCUAAUUGACUGAG